UGCUGAGCAGUGUCUCAGACAGACAGUGACUGUUCAGCAGAGCAGUAAGGGGGCCGGAAGUUCCCAGCAUUUCUGCUGAAAGCUGCAGCGUUCGUGGGAGAAGAGGAGAGGAUGGCGGGACAAGACAAUACUCUCUAUACAGAGAUCACAGAGUGCUGCUUUUCUGCAGCGAGUUUGUAGGCGGAUUACAGCGAUCUGAAGUAACAUUCAAGACUGCCAACACAAAAAUGUUCUUCUGGAACCGGUGGCGAGCUCUGACUGGGUGGAGAUCCUGGAGCCACGCUCCCGUGAGCGUAUGUAUGUGAACUUGACCACUGGCGAGUGCGGCUGGGAUCCCCCCCCAGGCGUUCCUGUCCGCCAGGCAGACGGUAACCAGUGGUGGGAGCUGUUUGACCACCACAGUGGCCGCUUCUACUACUACAACUCUACUGGGCGCCGCACAGUCUGGCAUCGACCCCAGGGAGCCGAUAUAGUGCCCCUCUCCCAGCUCCAAGCCAUGAGGCGAUGCAGUGAGGCCAAGCGGGCUGGAGGAGGCGUGGACAGGCACCACCAUGGGACCACUGGGAGUAUCGGCAGUGUAGGGAGCCAGGGGCGCUGCACCCCUCUGCCCGAGCAGGACAGAGACAGCCCCAUCCCCAGAGCUCUGGAGACCAACGAAGAGGCUGCCAACCCCGAGUUAGACCCGGCAGCGGACAGCAGGUUGCAGGGAGACGGUAGCAGCUCGGAACACAGCACAGAUGGCAGUAAAGACCCACAGAGGGAUACUUCUCAAAGAUGGCAGCCUGCACCUGGUUCUAAGGCAGCCAUGUUGGUGAAGGUGAACAGCAUGAGCCGUAGCCAACCCAACCCAACCUUACAGCAACAGCAGCAGCAGCAGCAGCACCCCCAAAACAGUGCACACAGCAAAGCCAACACCUUCACCCUGCACCCCUCUAGCAACAAGGCCCAAGGAGGACACUUAAGCUCGACCCAGGGGUACAAAACUGCCCCUUCUGGCAAAAUGGCGGCCGACACGCGUCAGGCCCAUCACCUGAGAAAAGCCAGUAAUGGCAGCUUCUGUUUGGUGACAACAGACAGUAGCCAUCCCAGUCCGCUCCUCCACAGGUCACAGACCAGCACACCGCGCCCCGUCUCUCCGCAGUAUGGUUGUACUGCCCCAAUCUAUGAUGAGCCAGUUUCAGAAAGUCCCAUAUAUGAUGAACCCCCAAUAGACAUGGAGGUAGAGGGGGCACACCUGUACAACGGACAAUCUCUGUCUCGACUGACACCUACCCAUAGCCUCCAAAAGCCCAGACACCUCCAGCACCCUGGUUCAUCUCAUUCAGGGUCCAGACACAGGAGGAAUCCUUCUGCCUCUGACUACAGCCCAGCUGGUCUGGAGUGCAUCAAGCACAUGGUCAACGUGGACCCCAAACAGGGGCUCCUAUCCGGCUCUCCUGUACCCACACGUGCCCCUUCCCCUACCUCCAGACAGGAUCCUGUCUUGACCCAGCCUCAGCCACAUCCGCAUGCCCAGGCCCACUCUUUGCCCCAGGUUCGGGGCCAGAUUAGGGACAGAGAGCCAGGGACCCCAGGCCCAAGUACACUGGACAAGAAGCAAAGCUGGCGGGUCCUUGAAGCUACUGUCCAGCGUGCCAUGGAGGCACGACACAGCAGGCAGAGCAGCCAGGCCUCCCAGGACUUCCCCUCCUCAACCCCCCAGGCCAUAGCAAACUACCAAGACUCUGGUUACUCCACUGGCCCCUCGCCAAGUCUGAGAAGAAAGAGCAGGAGGAGGGUGGGAGCCGGUGGCGGUGCAGGAGGCAGGCCGGGGUCGGUGGGAAGCACUGGGGAGCUGUGCGCCCUCAAUGAGAGGCUGAUGGCUGAGAUGAGGGAGGUGGUGAGUCGCUCAAACACCAUGAGGGAGGUGAGAGCGGGGCUGGACCCGGAGAUGGGGGAGAGGGUAGUUGUACCUCGGACACGCUCCCCUGCAGACUCACUUCGGUGGUAUGGAGGAAGGGAAGGGGGGUCAGCAGGAAGGUGCGCAUCACGAGAGGACCUCACCCCCCGGUCACUGAGUAGGGCAGGUAACCAUGGCAACCCUGCAUUGACCCCUCUGGAUAUACCAGGGAGGCAGAAAAGGACCUUUGAAAAGGUGGACACCUUGGAAUUGAGUGUGAAUAGCCAGGCCAGCCUGUCCUCACCGGAGACCCCAGGACCGCCCUCCCAGGUGGGUACCCUAGAGCUGCAGGCUCAGUUGGAGAGCAGGAAGAAAGGCAUGGUGGAUGGGCGGACAGCUUCCCUGGGCCCCCACCGCCCUGCCAACCAUGACAACAGAGAAGGAGUUGAUGGGGCAGGAGAACGAGCACGAGGAUCCUCCUUCCAACUCUCCUACGCCACCCUGCGGCAGCCCCCACCUCCCACCAUGGGCAUGGAGGACUGGGCCAGCAAGCACCUCAACAUGCACACACAAGGCCUGUUCCGUCGGCGCGUCUCCAUUGCCAACAUGCUGUCAUGGAACCGUGGGUCCAUCAAAAAGCCCAUGCUAGUCACCAGCAACCGCGCCGUCAGGAAGGAGGCCUGUGAGAUGUUCAAGCUGGUGCAGGCGUACAUGGGAGACAGGCCUUCCCGUCUGGACCGCCGUCACUGUGCCCUGCUCAUCGUCACCAAGUGCUGGGACAUGCCGGGGCUGCGGGACGAGCUGUAUGUGCAGCUGGUGAGGCAGACCACAGGCAAUGCCAGCCCCAGGAGCUUGGCGGCAGGCUGGGAGCUGAUGGCUGUCAGCAUGGCGUUCUUCGCUCCCUCGCCAAAGUUCCGCUGUUACCUGGAGGGCUACAUCCAGAGACACACGGAGCCCACCAGCGACAAGAAAUGUGAGUCUCAGACUGAGCAACAGGUGACUCAGUUCAUAUUGGAACAGCAGGAACUGAAGCUGAAGAAGAAUUCAAAGUCCAGAAAGAAGCGGAAACAGAAUACAGACGAGGAAGAAGGUCUGCCUAUUAGCACAUAUGCCAAGUUCUGCCAUCGCAAACUGCAGAAGGUGGCGAUCACCGGAGGCAAAAAGGGUCUACGCAAGCCCACCUUGGAGGAGAUCGACCACAGUAGGCGGGCCAUCGUCACUCCCUCCCUGUUUGGCAGUUCUCUGGAAGAGGUGAUGGAGAGGCAGAGCGAGCUCUUCCCAGACAGGAAACUGCCCUGGGUGCAGGUUCAGCUUUCCCAGUAUGUUCUGGCUCUGGGCGGGGCUCAGACAGAGGGCAUCUUCAGGGUGCCUGGAGACAUUGAUGAAGUGAACGCGUUGAAGCUCCAAGUUGACCAGUGGAGGAUCCCAGAGAAUCUCUCUGACCCCAACGUUCCAGCCUCUCUGAUGAAGCUAUGGUAUCGGGAGCUGGAGGAACCUCUCAUCCCGAUGAACUUCUACAAGCAGUGCGUCAGUAACUGUGACGACCCAGUGGCGGCCAUCGCCGUGGUUCAGUCCCUGCCUGAGCUCAACAGACUGGUGCUCUGCUACUUCAUCCACUUCCUGCAGGUAUUCGCUCAGCCAUCCAACGUGGCUAUAACCAAGAUGGACGUAAACAACCUGGCCAUGGUGAUGGCCCCCAACUGCCUUCGAUGCCAAUCGGACGAUCCACGGAUCAUCUUCGAGAACACACGCAAAGAGAUGUCCUUCCUGAGAAUGCUCAUCGUUCACCUGGACACCAGUUUCAUCGAAGGGGUGGUGUAGACACUGUAAAGCACAGAGCCCACCUCAGGUGCUGAAUCAGCCCUCCAGCAUCUCCAAUUACACAUGAACAAUCAUACAUAAACACUGUUUCUGUUCAGACCACACUGGAAACUCUUGGGGUGAGAUAUUACACCUCUUACGACAGAGAGUGAAAGCAGCUUGGACUUUGGACCCUGGUUCUCACUUGUUUUCUAACUGAGAGACAGUACACAUCAUGUUAGGUUUCACUGUGUUUUUUGAUACUAAAAUCAACAGUGACGGCUUUAAAGUGGCUCACUUUAAUGACUAUUUUCUAACCCCUGCAUGUGAAAACAGAUUGACUCUUUCAUUUCUUACUGACUGGGUAGUACUAGUUUCAUUGGACAACUGGGCUGUGUAAAGUCAGUCUUACAGUAUUUACUUCAGAAGUAUUCACUUGCACAACAAAAGUAAAGAAAGCAGCGUCGACACUGCUUUUGUUUUUUUUUCACUCUGGUUUCAUUCAAGCGUGUUUGUGUGUGUGUGUGUGAUUGUCAGCGAGUGAACGAAAAGACACAGCCUUCUUUUAUCGUGUACAGAAAAAAAAAAGUAAAAACUCUUGUAAUGGUGUCUUAUUAAUAAGCUUGCCUGUGCUGUUUUCAGUAGUUGUACUGAUAGCUGGUCUCCUCGUAUUUCUCUUUACGAGACGCAAGAAGCUGCGCCCCCGCAACUAUUUUGACAGAGUACAGAGCCGUAAUUUCAAAGCACAUACUGGAAGCAUGUGCAGAAAGCUCUUUGUGACGGAUGGUGGCGAUUUUCUUCUAAGAAAACAAACUUGGAAGUGCUUCGAUUUUACAACUCUACACUCAAGUGAAGCCAGACAAGAGUGUUUAAUUGCAGUUUAUGUCAUGUGGGAGGUUUGUUAUUCAACUGAUAAUACUCUUUCUCUAUUAUCUAUAAGUCCUUCAGUUGGAAUAGUGUUCUCUUCUGUUUGUGGUCUGUAUGUUUUUUGGCUCAGGUCUUCUCAUAAAACGGGUGUUGGAUGUGAUAACUGUACACGGCCUCCCUCACAGACUGACAAUUGGAUCCAUCUACCACAAACCCCUGUACUGAGAGUAUUGUUCAACUGUCAAGCACUAUGAGAAUGUAGAUGAAGCUUUUUGUCUCUCAGGCUUUGCCAAUGUAAAUAAAUUCUGCGUGUAAAUAGUAUUAACUCUCUGUAAGUGUAUUCUAAUGAUCCAGGUUAAGGGUGAAGCUACAUGUUGCUGUAAAGAGCAAAAGUGUUUUUGUAAUUAACUUGUUAAUUUCUCUGCUGUAACCGCCUGCCUUUUGAACAUAGGACUGAUUCAAACCACUUUCCGUGUGUGUAUAUGUGUGUUUGCAUACCUUCUUGUUAUAAUAUGGAAUGGCUGUCCAUAAAUAAAGGUUUGUUGAAUUGUA